AUGAGGGGUAGUCAUGGCGACGACAGCGACGCAGUGCAAGCAGCAGGGAAAGAGCUCGCAGUGGCAGUGGGACUGUGCUCACCAGGCAGGGCAGGUCGAGUAGGUAUGCAGAAAGGCGGCUCAGCGACCUGGCGGCUCGGGUGCUGGGCGGCUCGGGCGCAGGGCGGCUCGCUCCCGGGCGGCUCGGCUCCCGGGCGGCUCGGCUUCCGGGCGGCUCGGCGGUUGGGCGGCUCGGGUGCAGAGCGGCUCGGCUCCCGGGCGGCUCGGCGGUUGGGCGGCUCGGGUCCCGGGCGGCUCGGCGUCGGGCGGCUCGGCUUACGGGCGGUUCGGCUGCUGGGGCGGCUCGGCCAGGAGAUCCAGGGGCGGGGCCGUCAGGUGCAGCGGCGGGUGGACCGGUGCAGUGGCGGGCCGGCAGGUGCAGCGGCGGGCCGGCAGGUGCAGUGGCGGGCCGGCAGGUGCAGUGGCGGGCCGGCAGGUGCAGGCGGCGGCUGUAGGGUGCAGUGGCGGGCCGGCAGGUGCAGCGGCGAGGCCGUCAAGGCGGCGGGCGGCAGGUGCAGCGUCGAGGCCGUCAGAGGCGGCGGGCCGCUGGGUUGCAGCGGCGGGCCGGCAGGUGCAGUGGCGGGCCGACAGGAGCAGCGGCGGGCCGGCAGGGGAGGCGGCGGAGCCGAGUCAGGGGAGGCGGCAGGGCCGCGUCAGGGGAGGCGGCGGAGCCGCGUCAGGGGAGGCGGCGGUGCCGCGUCAGGGGAGGCGGCGGAGCCGCGUCAGGGGGGCGGCGGGGCCGCGUCAGGGAAGGCGGCGGGGCCGCGUCAAACAGGCGGCGGGGCCGCGUCAGGGGGAGGCGGCGGAGCCGCGUCAGGGGAGGCGGCGGGGCCGCGUCAAACAGGGCGGCGGGGCCGCGAUCAGGAGAGGUGGCGGGGCCGCGUCUGA